AUGAGUCUGCUGUUUUUAGACUUCAGAGUGCAUCACCUCCCCUGUGGUAACGCCGCCUGUUAUCACUGGGAAGCAGCUAAUCUCACGGCAAAGCUGACGAGGAUUUUCUCCUCCUCCUCCUCCUCCUCCACUGUCUUCCCCAAACUUCACCCUCUCUCCCUCCUUGAACGCCUGGCUCCAAGGAAAAGGUUAUUGAUGAUGAGACUCCAAAUGAGGCGGGUGCAGAGCUCCUCUCUUACUCUGCACGCUAUGUGUGUGUGUGUGUGUGAGAGAGAGAAGCGGAGACAGGGAGUGUGUGUGUGUGUGUGUGUGUGUGAAGGUGCUGGUUGGAGGGUGUAUGUGUGGGGGGAGUGUCGUCAGCAUUCAUCGUCAUUGUGA